UCCUUCGGUCCUUCCUUUGCCUCCGCCUACCUCCGAAAGUACAGACGCUAUCACUAAAGCUCGUUGGUCGCUCCUUUGAUUCUCGUCUCGAUUCUGCGCCCCCUGGAGAACGCGCGCCGGUCACCACAAACAAACAAAAACACCAAACGUCUCACAAUGCGACCCAGUCGAGGGCUGCUAUUGUUCCUCCUUGCCAACCUGCUGUUAAUCGGAUUGUUGCUGCACUCGGUGUUCACCCUUCUCACAUUGCUAUUCGAGGACUGCUCCAACGAUGCGAUUCCAGCAAUUGAUAUCCCGGCCCCCGAUGCCCUCGAAGAAAUAAACAAGCUGCCUCAAUACAUCCCCAAGAUCAUCCACCAGACCUGGGCGAAUGAGUCGAUUCCCGAAAAGUGGCAGAAGGCUCAGAAGAGCUGUCGUGAUCUGCAUGAGGAUUAUGAAUAUAUGCUCUGGACAAACGAGAAAGCCAGGAACUUCAUCGCGAAGGAGUACGACUGGUUCUUGGAGACUUACGAUAACUACCCGUACCCGAUUAUGCGCGCCGAUGCUAUCCGAUACUUCAUUCUGAACCACUACGGCGGAAUCUACAUCGACCUGGAUGAUGGUUGUGAGCGCCGCCUCGAUCCCCUUCUCUCAUACCACGCCUGGCUCCGCAAAACCACCCCCAGCGGAAUCUCGAACGAUGCAAUGGGCAGUGUCCCCAACCACCCGUUUUUCAAGAGCGUCCUCGACAGCUUGCAGAAGUACAACCGCAACUGGCAGAUACCCUACGUGACGGUCAUGUACAACACCGGCCCGUUGUUCCUCAGCGUCAUCUGGAAGGAGUACUUGCCCACCGUGAAAUCGGAGGAGACUCGUGUACGCAUCUUGAUGCCUGCCGAGUACAACGACCAUCCGUGGAGCUUCUUCGGCGUGUACAAGGGAUCCUCGUGGCACCGCAACGAUGCUAAGACCAUCUUCUGGAUGGGUCAGCAUUGGCUGCUAGUGACGGUUGUAGUCUUUGCGUUCUGCGCGUCUCUCUACGUCUGCGGAUUCUACGCAUACCGGCGAGUCCACCUCCGCGACUCAAACUACAGUGCCCAUGCCUCGCCAUUCUCCAGCUGGUCGUGGCCAUGGAGCAAGAAUGGAUACAAGCCCAUCAAGCACGAAGUUUGAGUUACCACGUACGAAAGCGGGGGCACUUGCGUUUGUUUGUUUUCAUGUUUACUGGCCUGUAAUUGCUUCCUUCUCCUGUCAGAUAUUCCGCCUACUAGGCAGUGUGCCUUUCACGCCUGCCACUUUUAGUG